AUGACUAAUUGGAUCAAUGUGGAUGAGAUCCGAGCGAAAUUCUCAAAGUUAAUGUCAGAGAUGUAUCAAAACGAAGUUCCAUUAUAUGGUGAUUUAAUAGAAUUAGUGGAUGACGUAAACCAAUCUGUUUUAGAACAGCAAACUGUUUUAAAAGCGCAAUUACAACAAACUGGUGAAUUAACUCGUUUAUCACAAGAACGCCACGGCGCAAUUCGAUUGGGAACAGCAGAAGAACUUCAUAAUAUGCGUCGCAUUUUUGCGGUGAUGGGAAUGUACCCUGUAGGUUAUUAUGACUUAGUACCUGCUGGUGUUCCUGUACAUGCAACUGCAUUUCGGGCAAUCCAAACAGAUGCUUUAAAUCAUAGUCCAUUCCGAGUAUUUACUUCUUUAUUACGUCUGGAGUUAGUGGAUCAUUCUGAAUUACGCCAACUCGCAAAAGAAACGCUGGCAAAACGUCAUAUUUUUACUGAAAAAGCGCUGGCUUUGACGGCAAAACAUGAACUGCAAGGUGGAUUGAGUGUAGAUGAUGCAGAUCUGUUUAUUAUUGAAGUUUUAGAGACAUUCCGUUGGCAUACUCAUGCACCAGUCACUGCUGAUUUAUAUCAAGCAUUACAUGACCAACAUCGUUUAAUUGCUGAUGUUGUUGCAUUUAAAGGACCACAUAUCAAUCAUUUAACACCGAGAACACUUGAUAUUGACCAAGUUCAAAAUGGAAUGAUGGGACGUGGGAUUACACCUAAAGCGAUAAUCGAAGGACCACCUCGUCGACGUUGUCCGAUUUUAUUGCGUCAAACCAGCUUUAAAGCUUUACAGGAACAAGUGAUCUUUACAGAUCAACAAGGAAGUCAUACUGCUCGUUUUGGUGAAAUUGAACAACGAGGCGUCGCGCUUACACCAAAAGGUCGUCAACUUUAUGAUGAAUUGCUUGUCAAAGCACAACAGCAAUUAGGCGGUAUCGCGACUGAAGAAAAUGCAGCGCAAUAUAUGCAGAUUUUAGAGGAAACAUUCAAAGCGUUUCCAGAUUGUUACACCACAUUGGCCGUAGAGGAUUUAGCUUACUUUUAUUAUUACGCACAACCAUUUAGCACUCAUCAGGUAUGGACAGAAACGGAUUUGCCUGAAUUGAUUCAUACAGGUCGAGUUCGAAUUGAACCGAUUGUCUAUGAAGAUUUUUUACCCGUCUCUGCAGCAGGAAUUUUUCAGUCCAAUUUGGGCGGAAAUGAGCAAACAGAUUACAGCUCAACUUCAAAUCAAGACGUUUUUGAGCAGUGUUUAGGCACAAAAGUAUUUGAUGAAAUCCAACUUUAUGCCCACGCUCAACAGCAAUCAAUAGAGGCUUGUUUAGCAACUUUAAACCAAUCAAUUGUGUCAAAGGUAUAA